GUAAAAAAAAGGCGGUAAUCAUCGAAGCAGGAAAAUCGGGGCGUUUGCCCCGUCAGCUCCAUUUCACAUCGCAGUCCUCUGCACAUGUGUGCCGGGAGAUAGUGUGCUAUCGCGCGGGUGCGACUGCGAGUGCGACUGCGAGUGCGACCGCGAGUACGAGUGCGAGGCCGUCGGUACUUUCGGUACUCUUUUCGGAGGAGGAGGCGAUUGUGGUCGGUACUUAUCGGUGCUUUCGUCGGGCCUGCGGGGUGAAAGCCCGGCUGGGAUGAAGCUGAUCGAAGGUGGCCACGAUGUGAGAAGCCGGAAAGCGAAGGCGGUCAGAGGAUGCCUCGACUCCAUUCGAAGCCCGUGCUUCUCUCCGCCGCGGCGAUCGCGAUCGUUCUCUUCGUGGCUUCUCGUGGCCUCACGCGUGAGCCAUCAGGCUCACGCGUGAUCAAUGCGUUCGCCUUUCAAGAGAGGAAGCCCUUGACGAAGGAGCAGAUCGAGUCCCUCCAGAGCGAUUCUGCGUCCUCGGACGCGAAUUCUUUGUCCAGGACGUGGUGGUUCUUCAGACGCGGAUCGCUGCGGCCGCUGGAAGGAACGAUCAGCGCGGACUCCUUGUUUCCGUCCGACGAUCGCAGAAGCGGCGACCGAAUCGCGAAACAGCUGCUGUACGCGACGAGCCGAGGCGCGACGAAGCUGAAGACGAUUCUGCUGUAUCACGAUGCCUGGCCCGGCGUUCGACUGGGCCGGGACCAGUUCCUCGAUCAGCGGUGCCCCGUGGACGCGUGCCGUCUGACGAUGGAAAGGUCGGACGUCGCCGACGCAGUGCUGUUCAAGGAAUUCGUGCCGGAAACCGUGGAAUUCACCCGUCCGCCAGACCAACUGUGGAUCGCGAACCUGCUCGAGAGUCCGCCGAACACCGACACGACCGGCCAGGCCCGCGCCAACUGGACCGCCUCGUACCGGCGCGACAGCGAGAUCGUCACGCCCUACGAGAAGUGGGUGCACUACGAUCCAGACGCGAAGGCCAAAACCCAGACGAGGAACUACGCGAAGGGCAAGACGAAGAAGGUCGCGUGGUUCGUGUCCAACUGCUUCUCCAAGAACGGGAGGCUCCUGUACGCCCGAGAAUUGGCGAAGCACAUCGACGUGGACAUUUACGGUGCUUGCGGCGACCUCCAGUGCCCUCGCGAGGAUGGGACCUGCUUCCAGAUGCUCUCCCAAGACUACAAGUUCUACCUGGCCUUUGAAAACUCCAAUUGCCGCGAGUAUAUAACGGAAAAGUUCUUCGUGAAUGGGCUCGGGAACGACAUCUUGCCGAUCGCAAUGGGGGCUCCUAUGGAAGACUACGAAAGAGCGGCGCCCAAGAAUUCCUUCUUGCACGUGGACAACUUCACCUCCCCGGCAGACCUGGCAGCUUACCUGCACAAACUGGACCGGGACGAUUCCCGCUACAACGAGUACUUCCAGUGGAAGGGAACAGGAGAGUUCAUCGACACCCGAUUCUUCUGCCGGCUCUGCGCCAUGCUCCACGCCAAAGACAAAGUCCCUUACAGCGGCAAGGGGCCAGAACUGGAGGCCUGGUGGGGAGGUCCCGGCGUCUGCAAGUCUGGCUCGUGGAGGAACGCUUCUCGUUCUUUGGCCCCACUCGGCCCAUCGUUUGAGGAGGAGGAUGAAGUAGAGCGGACGUCCUUCCGGCCGCAGCAUGUGGUGGAGGUCGUCUCACUCUCCAUCCCGCAAUCAACUAUAUUCCAUUACAAUAGCUCACAGCGUCUCUUGCUUGUGUCUCGGGAAGGGAGUCAUGGAGGAAGGAAGCCUCCCUCACGGGAUGCCAUCGGGUUGCCGUCGUUAGAGACUCAGAGUGCAAGCGGAGUUUCAUCUGAGGGCACGGGCGCUCUCUUUCCUGGUGGGGCGCUCGCCUUCCUGGUGGGGCGCUCUCUUUCCUGGUGGGGCGCUCGCCUUCCUGGUGGGGCGCUCGCCUUCCUGGUGGGGCGCUCGCCUUCCUGGUGGGGCGCUCGCCUUCCUGGUGGGGCGCUCGCCUUCCUGGUGGGGCGUUCUCCUUCCUGGUGGGGUGCUCUCCUUUCUGGUGGGGCGCUCGCCUUCCUGCCCCACCUCCGCGAAAGCUGGCCCGCGAACGCGGCAUUUCGCAGCGGCGGUGAGGGAGUCCCCAGCGUUCAGGAGGGAAAAUCCUCCGCGAAUAUCGCUGUAGAGCCAUUACAACGAGACGAUUUUCGUCAUUUCGACACAGGAGCGGACUCCACGACCGGGUCGUGGUGGUAUUUCAACCGCGGGUCGUCCAGGCCGCCGCCGGACGCCAUUAGCGCCGAGUCCUUGUUCCCGUCUCCUGGCGGACGCGGCGACGAUCGAAUCACGAAACAGCUCAUGUAUUCCCCGAGGCGAGAAGAGGGAAGCGCGGCGAAGCUGAAGACGAUCCUCCUGCAUAACAACGGCUGGCCUUGGGUCAAACUGGGUCGGGAGGAGUUCCUGAACAAGCAGUGCCCGGUGGACACCUGCAGUCUGACGCUGGAUAAAUCAAAUCCCGCCGACGCAGUUCUAUUCAAGGAUAACGCUCCUCAGAGAUCAGACCUCGGUAGCCCGUCGGGCCAGGUGUGGAUCGUGAACAUGCUAGAAAGUCCUCUCCACACCGGGUAUUCGGGCGGGACGAGCGUCAACUGGACCGCCACUUACAUGCGCGACAGCGAGAUCGUCACACCCUACGAGAAGUGGGUGUACUACGACCCCGGAGUGAAAGCGAAAACCCAAACAAAGAACUACGCCAAAGGGAAGACAAAGAAGGUCGCUUGGUUCGUAUCCAAUUGCAGUGCCAGAAACCAAAGACUGGAGUACGCCCGAGAAUUGGCGAAGCACAUCGACGUGGACAUUUACGGUGGUUGCGGCACCCUCCAGUGCCCUCGCGAGGAUGGAACCUGCUUCAAGAUGCUCUCCCGAGACUACAAGUUCUACCUGUCCUUUGAAAACUCCAAUUGCAUCGACUACAUCACGGAAAAGUUCUUCGUGAAUGGGCUCUGGAACGACAUCGUGCCGAUCGCGAUGGGCGCUCGUCUGGAGGACUACAAAAGAGCGGCACCCAAGAAUUCCUUCUUGCACGUGGACAACUUCACCUCCCCGGCAGACCUGGCAGCUUAUUUGCACAAACUGGACCGGGACGAUUCCCUCUACAACGAGUACUUCCAGUGGAAGGGAACAGGAGAGUUCAUCGACACCCGAUUCUUCUGCCGGAUCUGCGCCAUGAUCCACGCCAUCGACAAAUUCCCUUACAAGCCCUCCAGUUCAAGGAUGGAAAACUUGUGGCAGAGUCCUGGCGUUUGCAGGGGGGGUUCGUGGAGGGAUGCUCCUAAAGGUUGAAUUAUUCCAUUAAUUGGUUUGUCAUACAAAAUAAUGCAGUCAACGAAAACUUUCCAAGAGUGAUGAGAAUGGCCUUUUGUCCUUUCCUAACACUCCUCUGCUUCCGGAGCGCUGUUAAAAAAGUUUGCCAC